AUGGCCGGCUACGACGCCUACGAGCGGGACAAUGCCCGCCGCGGAUACCUGCGAGACGACCGGUGGGACGACAGAGAAGCACUCUUUGUCGACCCUCGCGAUUACGGCCGGCCCAUGCCGUCCAGAGAGCUCGUUCCUCGUGCCAGAGAGGAGAGCGACUUGUCCGUCGAGGAAAUCCGCCGCGACUUCCCCCCGCCCUCUGGACGGGACAUUCGCAGAGCCCGCUCUGCUGACCACGAACGCCGCUACUACGCAGAUGGCCACGACCAUCGCCACGACCCUCGCCAUGACAGACAUCGCGACCAUGAUCGCCAGUCGCGCCGCGGGAGUUUCUACUACGAGGAAGAGGACCGCAGGUCCAAGCGCAAGAGCACGUCCAAGCAGGACAAGAUCAUUGCCGCCGUCGCUGGCGCCGCCCUGCUGGCCGGCGGCAAGGAAAUCUACGACCGCUACGAGGCCAACAAGGACGGAAAUGAGGUUCAGCGGAACCCCCUCUCGUCCGUGGCCUUGGCCGGCUUUGGCGCCCUGGCCGGCUAUCAGGGCGCCCAGUACUACAGCAAGCAGCAGGCCGUCAAGGACCAAAAGGCCAGUUAUAUCCUCCACCGCGGCCGUGACGGACAAGUCUCCGAGUACUACUCGGAAGACGACGACGCCGACGACAGGCACAAAAAGGGCCACAAGAACUUCCUCGAGAACGCCCUCGCCGCCACAGGCCUCGGCGCCGCUGUCAAGACCCUGACCGGCGGAGCCAAGGACGACGGCAGACACUCUGACAACCGAAGCCGUGGCGGUAGCCCCUCGCGCUCCCGCGCUGGCUCGCCCCGCUCCCGCUCCGGCGCCACCGGAGCCAACAAGAUGCAACAGGCUGCCAUGGCGUCUCUGCUGGCCGGCGCCACCGAGGCGUUUCGCGUGGCAAAGGAGCCCGGCGGUUGGAAGGGCGAGAAGACGAAGCGGAUCCUCACCGCUGCUGCCGGCGCCGCCACCGUCGACGCCGCGCACGGAGACAAGCAGGGCAGAAUGGCUCUCGCCGAGUCGGUCAUAGGCGGUCUGGUCGGCAACCGUCUCAUCAACGGCUCCAAGAGAGACAUUGAGGAAGACAAAGCAACCGGACGAAGCCGGUCCCGGUCUCGCGCCCGCUCCGGGGCCCGAGGCGGCGGCGGAAGUGGAGGUACCGGCCUCGCCGCCUUGGCCACCGCCGGUUUAGGUGCCCUGGGUGCAAAGGCGGCUCUGGAUCACCGAUCCCGCUCCCGCUCCCGCUCCCGGGGCCGCGCUGGAAGCAGGGACCGAAGCUAUGACUCCCGCGACGGGUCGCCCGACAGGAGGCACCACGGUCGCAGUCGCAGCGUAGUCGACAAGGCCCGCAACAGCUUGGCCAAGCUGGGAAUCGGGACGGGAUCCGCGGCUACGGCUGAUGACCACCGGCGCCGUGACCAAGACGACUUUGAUGACCGGGCGUCUUCACGGCGGCCCGGACGAUACUCUGACGAGUACAGCGACGACGGCCGAUAUGGAGGCGGCCGGGGUCGCCGCGGCGACGACUACGAGUAUGAGCGGUCGCACCGCCGGGAUUCGUCCCGCACACGAGGCGGGGGCCGGUACGGAUCCGAGUCUGACCUGGGUGACUCUGACGAAGACGAGAGAAAAGCCAGAAAGAUGAGAGGUAAGCAGAUUAUUACCACCGGCCUUGCCACUGUCGCCACGAUCCACGCAGCACACGGGGUUUAUCAGAGCAUGGAGAAGAGGCGAGCACGGCAGAGGGCCGUCAAGGAAGGGCGUCUCAGCCCGGCAGAGGCCAGGAAGCUCAGGACCAAAGCCGUGAUGAAGGACGCGGCCUCGGUGGGCAUCGCCGCCCUGGGGAUCAACGGCGCCGUCGAGGAGAUGAAGGAAGCCAAAGAAAUGACGCACGAGUGCAAGGCCUUCAAGCAGGAGAAGGCUCUCCGUCACGAGAAACGAGAACGGCGGCGCAAGAGGGGCAGCACCAGCGAGCCCGGCAACAAUCCCGAGAGAGCCGGAAGCUGGGCGCCGUCUCGUUAUCGUGACGGUGGCGAUCUUCUACAGGCAUGA